AUGAUCUCGCUUGCACCGGGAGACAGCACACGCUCUUUCCCCGAGGUGAAGCUGGGCAAACGUUCCCUCUCCGUUAAGGCUGCCAACCAACGCCCCGACCCGCAUCAAGCCAGCAAACUACAUGUACCCUCGACGUACGACUUGCAUGGCGGAGAGAAAUCCCGCCGCCCCGAGCCUGCAGUCCACAUGCUGCAGGAUUGUGGAAACAUGUAUCAAGCUUCCCACUCCUACCAGUCCAUCACCGCCCUUUGGGCCGCCUACAGCGAGACCCUGCCACGCUGGAGCCCAGAGCCUGGGAUCUACCUUUCUCGUCUCAUGCGGGAACAACUGGCUCUGCAGGAUCAUAGAGGUAGGUGA